CGCUAGCGUAUCGACCAUGAAGACGGGAUUAGUACUGGGUGUUUACGAAACGGAGAACGAGGACAACGUCGUACUCACCCCUACGGCGGCCAAGUAUAAUGAACUGGUUAAUGGCAAGCUACUGAAAAACAUCCUGCUGAGUGACUAGAGUGAGAAAAAGAGAGAGACGGUAUUAUACGCAUGAUAUGAAGCGCAACUUGCUACGCACAAGGAAAUCCUAGAAAAAAAAAACACGCUGCGCUUUAUAAAUGAAAAUAUAAUACUGCCUGAUUUAUGAUAGAUUCUAUUUCGUCGCGACGUCAGACUCGAUCUACAGAUCGAAUAGGAGAUUUUAAGCCUCACAUUAUAAUCGUUCAAUUAAUUAAAAUCAACAAUCUGCUCAUCAAGACUGACGGGAAGUCGAGUAGAGAGUAAAGGUAGUAGUAAUGUCGACUCCUGGCGACGGUAAUAUGGGGAACGAUAGCGGCAACGCCGGGAGCAGCGGUGGAUUAUUAGGUGACAGUAGCAAAAUUAACAAGCCUCCCCAUCCGCCUACGAACGUGCUGCAGAGGAUGACUGGCAUAUUGGAGGACAAGAGCAACGACUAUCUGUGCCCGAUAUGCUUCGAUCUCAUCGACACAGCGUACAUCACGCGUUGCGGACACACGUUCUGUCACCAUUGCAUUGUGAAAUGCUUGGAGAUCAAGGACCGCUGCCCGAAAUGCAGUUUCACGUUGAGCGAACAGGACAUUUUUCCGAAUUUUCUGCUGGACGAGCUGGUCUCCAAGUACAAGACCAGAAGUAAGGGCCUCGCUCAGCUGGGCUCGUACGCAGACAACAGCAGACACAGAGGAGCUGCUGGUUCUAAUGACUCGUCGGUGCCGGCAGCCACCGACGGUUUGAGAAGCAUCGUGGCGGCGGAAAGCGCCAAUCUCACCCUGCCCGACGUGAACGUGAUGCUCGAGGUGCUGACCCAGCGCAAGCAUUUGCUCGAGGCGGAGACCUGCACGGCGCAGAACAAGCUGCUGCACGAGUUCCUCAAGCACCUGCUGCAGCAGAAGGAGGAGCAGCGGAAUCAACUGCAGAAAGAGGUGGCACUGAUCAAGCGGGAUAUGGAAGAAGUGGAGAACAUCCUGAAGGACGUGCAGAGCAAGUGCCCGCGGGUUGAGGACGUCAAGAAGGCGAGCGAGAACGACACCGCGCAGGUGUCGGCCAUCAGGCGGGAGAUGCUCGGCCUCAUUGACAUAAUAGACUCGAAUAUGGUGAAGCCCGGCGACAAGGUGACCAGCGCGGGUGUCGACGCCUUUGCUAAUCCGGCGAGCGUCGGCGGUGGCCAACCCGGCGGAUCGACCCUAGCCAUACGGCGAAAGAGAUUGCACGCUCACUUUGACGAUUUCGUUCAAUGUUACUUCGAUUCGCGCGGCAAGGAGCUGCUGCUCGGCACUCAGAAGUCGCAGUCGCAGAGUGAAGCCGCUCAGCUGCAGCAGCAACACGGCGGCGUGCAUAGCACGAGCUCCGGGCUGGAUGUGUUUCGCGAGAACCUCGUCAAGUUCUCGCGGUAUAACUCCCUGCGCCCGCUGGCCACCCUCAACUACUCGUCGGACCUCUUUAACAAUUCCACCAUCGUGUCCAGCAUCGAGUUCGACAAGGACAAUGAGUUCUUUGCGAUCGCUGGAGUCACCAAGCGCAUAAAGGUAUUCGACUACGGCGCGGUUAUACGCGACACCGUCGACAUUCACUAUCCCUGCGUCGAGAUGGUCUCCAGCUCGAAAAUCUCAUGCGUCUCGUGGAACUCCUUUCACAAGGGGAUGCUCGCGUCGUCCGACUACGAGGGCACCGUGACAGUGUGGGACGCGGUGACCGGUCAACGAACAAAAGCGUUCCAAGAGCACGAGAAGAGAUGUUGGUCGGUCGACUUCAAUGACGUCGACACCAGACUAAUUGCAUCUGGCUCCGACGACGCCCGGGUCAAAUUGUGGGCGUUAAACACUGAUUAUUCCGUGGCGUCGUUGGAGGCGAAAGCCAACGUGUGCUGCGUGAAAUUCAAUCCACGCAGCUCGUGUCACCUGGCGUUCGGGUCCGCGGAUCACUGCGUGCAUUAUUACGAUUUGCGCAACAUGAAGGAGGCGUUGUGCAUAUUCAAGGGCCACCGUAAGGCCGUCUCCUACGUUAAAUUCAUCAACAAGGAGGAAAUUGUAUCAGCGAGCACGGAUUCCCAGUUAAAGAUGUGGAACAUAAACAAUCCACUCUGUCUGCGAUCGUUUGUCGGUCACGUGAACGAGAAGAACUUCGUCGGGCUCGCCACCGAUGGUGAUUACGUUGCCUGCGGGUCGGAGAAUAACGCACUGUACGUCUAUUACAAGGGUUUGACGAAGCAGCUGUUCUCGUACAAAUUCGACGCUGUUCGAAGCAUAUUGGAGGUGCAGGACAGACGGGAGGAAGAUUUGAACGAGUUCGUGUCCGCGGUGUGCUGGAGGCAGAUGUCUAAUGUCGUAGUGGCCGCUAACUCUCAAGGAAUUAUCAAAAUAUUAGAGCUAGUUUGAGAUAAGAUUAGGGAAAAGCAAUUAAACUUAAAUGAGUGAAACGCGAAUUCUUCGAUUACUAUAAACUAAAACGGGUCUAAAUAGUUAAAAAAAGUAGUCAAAAGUAGAAACGUAACCAUGAUAACAAAGAAUUAUACUCGAAGAAUAGAAUUCUUCUAUCGCGUUUUGUGUUUUAACGAUAUUUUUAAUCCCAUAUACUUAGACCCUUUUUAUUUUAUGGUAUCCAUCUUGUGAUUAUUUUAGGCGUGAAUAACAACGAGAAAUAACGGAAUCAUUCUAAAUAGCGUAAUGAUUUAUAAUAAUGAAAAAACGCGUAGCGAAAAUUUGUACCAUUAACAUAAUCUACAAAUCAGAUAGAAAUUAAAAGAGAGGUGCGUUCUCGGUGAUUAAAACUAUUGCAAGUGAAGAUCUUCGAUUGAUCUAUGCUCAAUGUAUCGGAGAGCACAAAUAUUUCCUCUGGAUUAUACAUAUUGUAUGUAAGUAUGAUUAGGGAAAUUGGUACUGUUAAUUAUUACGUUUUCGUAUUUUGAAUUUUCUAAUCUAAUUUAGAUAUAUAAUUCCAUCUCAACAGACUGAUGAAUCGCUUAUUGAUAAAAACAUCGUUAAAACACGAAAAAUAUAUAUUUCUGUAUAUGACUUAUCGAAAACGAUGAUCUUUCGUAAUUUUACGUUAUCGAUACUUAAUAUUUGUCGGAGAUACCAUAAUUGCACGCUUAUUAAACUGUAUUUUGUGCAGAUAUAUAUAAACACAUACAUAUAUAUAUUUUUAAAUAUGAUCAACGUGUGACGUGAGAAUGACGUUUUACUAUAAAUAAGUACAAUACUUUUAAAAGCAGCGUUCGAGCCUGCAAAAAUUUACAGCGCGAUACGUGUGUUCAAAGACGAUUUUUCAAUAACGCUACUCAAUGUUCGAAUUCGAAUGACGAUUGUUUCGAUAUCUUAUGCUGCAUUCGCUGUAGCCCCCGUAUAUAACGCUUCAAAUAUUAUUUUAUUCUUGUUGCUUAUCAAAUAUUAAACAAGUAUAAAUAAUACUUACAAGCGUUAUAAACGUCAAAGCGAACGCAGUCUUCAUCCAUCACGAAAUCUAUUCUCAACACAAAGAUUAGAAAUGAUACAUGUAAUAAGUACACGUUUAAUAAUCAUAAUAUUUUUUAAGCUAAAUUUUCACAGAAAAUCCAAAAACUUGUUUAAGUUCUCAAAAGAUUGGCAAAAAAUGAACGAAAAGUACCAAAACUAAAACGCGCAUAUAAACAAAUGUAAUAUAAAAUUGAUACAUUUGUAAUUUUGACUGGCAAUCGUAUACAAAUCGUACCUGCAUUUCCUUAAAAGUCGCUGGUAAUUGCAAUAUCAAUAUUUUCAGUAUCAAAAUAUCGAUGUUUUCGCUAUCGCGUAAUAGAAAUCUCAACAUUAAAAAAAUUAUUUGCAACCAUUUACUAACGAAGUUUUUAGCUUCAUUCAGUACCAUUCAGCUUAAAUUGACUGAUAUCAUGAUUGCGUAAUUUUGUAAAUGGAGACAAGUGAUAAGGAGUAAUCAACAUUUCAAAUAUUUUUCACACUGAUAAUGAUAUAGAUAAGGUAUUAUUUUUAUUGAAAUUUUUAUUGCAUAUAAAUUUUUUAUAUAAUUAUAUUAUCUUUAUACUUUAACAAUGCUGUUAAAAGUUUUUCAAUAUUACAUUAGCUUAAUUAAAAUAUAGAAUAAUUGAAAGACUUUAAAAUUAAACAAGUUAUUGUUCGUUUUAAAAAUUGAUACGUUUAAAAAAUAUGUACAAAAUGCGAAUAGAAGAAUCAAAUAUAUUGCGGUAAAGUUCGUAAUAUAUUUCUUUUUUUUAUGGAAUGAGGAAGUGAUAAAAUAGUGAAUGUACUUUGUUUAAAUAAACUUGCAUUAAGCUUGUCAUAAGUAGUAAAGCCAGUCUACAAUGUCUUCUUUGCUUCAUGUUUCUUGCUGCAUUUUGCUGUUGCUAUUUUUUGUCUUUGCGCACUGUUUUUCAAAAUUAGCGAAAUAAAAAUUAACUGUGGAAAAGAAAAAACAAUUAAAUAAUCGUAAAACAAAGCACAGAGGCAAAAAGCAAGAAACAGGAAGCAAAAAGUAGAUUGUAGAUUAAUCUUUAAUGCAUCUGUUACUUCUUUACGAUUAAACGUAUAAUGUCAUGUAAAUCUGAAAUUUUCAGUUCAUUUUAUUUCUAUGCAACUAUGCCAACUAAACCCCAUGACAAAGUCACAUUACUACUUAUAGUUGAUGUAUAUAAAACAAAUAAUGAAAUUUAUCAACAGAUAUUUCAUUGUAUUAUAUCUUAAGCCGCUAAAUAGGUUGUAAUCAAUACUCGUUUCAACAAUGUUAGUGAGAACUGAAUGUGAAACAGUUCCAUAACGUAUCCACGCUGAUACUGUAGCUGAGGAAAAAAAACAAGUUGUGAAUUAAUGUGUAGCUAUAAUCUCUGAAGUGAGAGUAAUUGUAAAUGUACCGAUGUAUAAUGAAAAUAAGGAUAUUCUAGAAAUAAAGAAUAGUAUAUUUUUAGAGUGUAUUUUAAAAUUGCAAUUACACCGUACACAUGAUGAAUGUCAAAGAAUGCCUAGACUUUAUUGUAAUUAAUAAAUUUAUGAAUUUGUGUCUGAA